ACGCACUCCUCCCCGAAUGUCGUUGCGUGCUUCGCUCGAAGCAGCCUACGCAGCCUCGCUGGCCUUGAGCAAGGCUGUUGAGAGCGCCUCGGUCCAGGACUCGCUCACCUCGACCAAAGAUGCAGCCGGCCAGGUCAAGCUCAUCAAGGCAGCGCUGGAGAAGCUGGCCAGUGUGGCAGACUCUGCAGCCCAGAAAGACUCGUUCGCCAAACUCGGCCAGAUUGUGGCCGACCAGAUGAUGGCGGUUCUGAGUGCCGUCAAAGUGUUCGCUGGAGCCGGCGGUACUGGUGGUGGUGGUGAUGUGCUGGCGCAAGUCGCCCAACUGCAAAAGGUUGUCGAGUCGAUCGGGGCGAACGUUAUGGGCGGUUUCUCGCCCAAGGAGGCGAUCAGAAAGGCGGCCCAGCCACCACCACCGAGCCAGCCACCACCGCCGAGCCAGCCACCACCGCCGAGCCAGCCGCCACCGCCGAGCCAGCCGCCGCCGACGGCGUCGGGUGACUCGGGCCUCACAGCAGACCUGCACGCCGACUUUACCACAAAGUCCAAGGCGACGUACAUGCGGGCCAACGAGAUUGUCAACCUGGUCAAGGCCGGGACGGUCGAGGCUGUCUCGUCGUCUGUGCAGGAGCUGGCGCAGAUGCUCAAGGAUCUCAUGGAGUCGGGCAAGAAUGUGGCGUUUUCGCUCAACGACGAAGACCUUGCGCAGCGGCUUCUCGGCAUGCUCAAGGAGACAUACGCCCAGGCCGUGGCGGUCAUUCAUGCGGUGGCGCCAGCAGCAGAGGCACCAGGCAACGCGUCGCUUGCGCUUGCGCUCUCGACGAACGUCACGUCGAUGACCCAGUCGAUCAAGGCAGUCCUCUCGGCGCUGCCCACACCCAUCGACAGCGGCGGUGCGAGCGGCGCGAGCGGGGCUGGCAACUCGGUUGUCUUGCCGAAGCAAAACUCGCUGGAUCUUGGUAAGAUGAAGUCGGUCAUCACCGAAGUCUCCGACUUGACGCUUGACAUUGAUGGCAUCGCACAGUCGAUCGACGCCGAGCGCGACCCCGAGCGAAAGAACCUGUUCCUCCAGAUCAACGAAGACAUUAAUGCCGGAGUGCAAAAGCUAGUCGAGGCCUCGCGGCAGUGGGCGGGUGACAAGCAGAAUCCUGUCCUCGUCCGCGCCCUCAUUGACGAGGUGUACUCUGUGGAGACCAUUACCAAGAACGCGCUCACGGUGGCGCUCCGCGACACUGUGAUUUCGGAAAUUCGCGACGCUGCCAACGCGGCUGCGUUCUCAGCGACCGUCCAUGCGGCCAACCCGUCGCUGGCAGGCUUCUUGCAGGGCGUUGCCUCACUGACCAAGAUCAUCAUCGAGCUGCUAAGGUCUGUGGCGUCGGACCCGACGUUUGUCGAUGCCCAUGUCUCGGCGGUGAGCACCGCCAUGUCAACGGUGGUGGAGGCCGGCCGAGCGGUUGUUGCCGAGGAGACCAACGCCGAGGCCCGCGACCGGCUCGAGGCUCACACCUCGAGCAUGGAGGCUGCAGUCCAGAUCAUGUCACAGCUGGCGCAGCACUGCGCAGCAAACCCGUCUGAUACGGUCUCGGACCGGACGCUUAACGCCCGCGGUGGCGAGUACGCGGCCGCCAUCCGCGGCCUUGUCGAGGAGGCGACCGGCCGCCGCAAGCGUGACGAGGCCAAGUCCAAGGUCAAGGCCGAGCUGGCCCGAAAAGAAGAGAUGCUCCGCGAGCAGCGCCGUGCCGAGCAGGAGCGCAAGGAGCUCCAGCGCCAGGAGCGUCUGGCCAAGCAAAAGGCCAUCCGCGAGCGUCGGAUCGCCAAGGCACGUGCCGCUGCCGACGCCGCUCGCCUAGCCGCCCUCGCCGCCGUCACCGAGCUCUCCGAUGACGAGGCUGGCAACGAUGCCAAGCCGCAGCCGGGGAGCAGCAACCCUGAACCCACGCCUGCGCCGACCAAGGCGCCGACCAAGGGCAAGGAGACCGCUGCCGGUGGCGACGGGUCCAGCUCAUCGGGCUCAAGCUCGAAUUCGAGCUCCGGCGACGGAUCGGGAUCGUCGAGCUCGGGCUCGGGCUCAAGCUCGGACUCGGGCUCGGACGCCGGCCAUGCGUCGAGCGCAAAGUCGCUGACUGUGUCGGUGACGAACCCAGUCUCGAUGCUCCACAACCGCUCGACCGACGUGGCUAACGCCGACCUCGAAAAGGCUGCCGUCGAGUUCCGCGAGCUUGCCGCCGAGCUCGGCGAUUCGGCUGAGAUCAAGGUCGAGCGGCUCCGCGAUGUGACGAGCGAGAUCAUCGACCUCGCUGCGGCCAUGCAGCAAGACAUUUUUGUGCUCAACGACGUGGCACGCGACGGGAGCGCCAUUGGCGCCGCCGCCAAGUCGCUCUUUCAGUCGUCUGUCACCAUUCGGUCUGCACUCGACGACCUGCCAAAGGGCAAGCUCUGUGCCGAGAUGGUGGUCAUGCACGGGCCGCCACCGGCGCACUGGGUUCCUGCCAUCCGCGAGUCAAUCCAAGAGUCGUACGUCAACCUUGGCUCGCUGCAAGAGGAGCUCGAGUCGCGCAAGGGUGAGCUCGACGCCUUCCUCCGGCUCGAGCUCUCCACCGAGACCGAGUUCCUCACCGAUGCAGUGAUGGCGCUCACCUCGGCGGUGGCGUGGGAGCAGAUCCAGCAUGCGCUGCGGGUUCAUGCCGAGCUUGCCCAGGAUCUGGCCAAGCGCGGCGAAGCCGUCCUAGUCUGCCCGGAGCAGGCCGGCGUGCUCAAGGCACUGGCGCUGCUCGGUGCCAACGUGGCCGAGAUUAUGGGCGCCAUGGCCGAGCUGCCGCAGCACGUGGCCGACGCGGCGUCCGACGGCUCGAUUUACCUGGCUACGCUGUGCAAGGCGACAAACGAGUAUCUGGCGGCGUUUAUGGCCGCCGGCUAUUCGCCGUCGGGCGAGCACGGUGUGUGCCCGUUGGCCAUUGCCGCUGACGUCCGCGAAAUUGCGCUCGAGGUUGUCGAGAUGAUCAAGUCAUCGGCGACGAGCCGCGCGUCGCGGCUGUCCGCAGAGGACCGCGAGACCCAGAUGGCGCGCGGCAUGAACGUGGUCAUGUACAUGCGAGCCGUCAUGGGCCUCCCCCCCAUCGGCACCCUCAUUCGCGACAGCGUCCUCGUCCCAGACGCCGUGGCCGAGAUGGCACCCGGGGCGGCAUUCAUGAAGUUGCCCGCCGAUGACCGCAUCUCGACUCGCAUCGUACUGGGCCUCGGCCGGCAGGUCGGUGACGCGCUCUCUGCGGUGUCAGAGGCGUUGGCGGCCGGCGCGCCGGCGCUUAUGGUUGAGUCGACCCGCAAGGCCGCCCGUGUUGUCGACGCGCUCCUGGCCGAGGCCGAGGCCCAGAGCGGCGUGUCGGACCAGAGCGUGCGGCGGCUGCAGUCGGAGAUGAGCCAGCUUGUCAAGAUGGUGCCGACAGUGGCAGGCGCUGUGGCGAGCAAGUCGGUCGACUCUGCGUCCAAGACGACGCUGGUGGCGGACGUCUCGUCGCUGGCGGCGUGCGUGGCAGCGGUCAUUAUGGACAUGGCCUUCCCUUGCCUCCAGUCGGACGUGCAGAAGUUUGCGUCGCCGCUCUCGGAGCUCGCGACGUCGGCAGCCGAUAAUGAGACGGCAUUCUUCAACGAGAUCUCGUCGCUCGCCAUCCUCAUGGUCACGCUCCUCAAGUCGAUGGGCAAGCGCGACGUCAAGGUGUCGGAGAAGUGGGUCGACGAGGUAGCUACGCUGGUGACCAAGGUCGGCGACCUGGCCAUCAACCCGCCAGCCUCGGCCUCGCCGCGGUUGGUCAACCUGACCAAGCGAGUCUCGCAUGUUGCCGCCACGCUCAUCCCCCUAGUGCGCCGGUACGUGGCCAACAUGUCGUCGCCGUCUAUGGCUUCGACCGCGCCCAUUUGUGCCGCGCUCUGCCAGUUUGUCGAGGCGCUCCGUGAGCUUGUGGAGGUCCACAUGUGAGAGAGACAGAGAGAGAGAGGAAGCACACAGUGUGCGUGUAGCGUGGCAGGAAAAGAACAUUUAGCACAACCAAA